AUGCCUCAAUCACGUCUUUUCAAGCCCCUCAAGAUUGGUGACAUGGAAGUGAAACAUCGAAUCGGAAUGGCACCGCUCACUCGCUUCAGAGCAACUGAAGACCGAGUGCCAACACUCCUCAUGAAGGAAUACUACGGCCAACGCGCCGCUGUACCAGGCACCUUGAUCAUCGCCGAGGGAACAUUUAUAUCAGCAAUCUGCGGCGGUUUCCCGCACGCACCAGGGAUUUGGCGCGAGGAUCAAGUCGCUGCCUGGAAGAUCGUCACCGAUGAAGUUCAUCGCAAGGGAUGUUUCAUAUUCUGUCAACUAUUCGCCAUGGGCCGUGCAGCGGAUGUAGAUAUAGCUCGGAAAGAAGGCAUCGAUAUCGUAGCACCCAGUGCUAUUCCCAAGGAAGAAGGCGCUGUGGUGCCCAGGGCCAUGACUACCGACGAAGUCAAGCAGACAAUCCAGGAUUUUGUCGCCGCUUCGAAGAACGCUAUUCAAGCCGGCUUUGAUGGAGUUGAAAUUCAUGGCGCGAAUGGAUAUUUGCUCGACCAAUUCAUCCAAGAUGUCAGCAACAACCGUGACGAUGAGUAUGGUGGGAAUGUGGAGAAUAGAUCUCGUCUCCUCGACGAAGUGAUCAAAGCUGUUGCCCAUGACAUUGGUCCUGAACGUGUCGGGCUUCGGCUGAGCCCGUGGAGUACAUUCCAGGGUAUGAGAAUGCAGAAUCCCAUCCCACAGUUCACAGACGUGAUCAGCAAAGCCAGUCAGGCGGACAUUGCAUAUCUUCACCUUGUGGAGUCGCGAAUUUCUGGUCCCCAAGAUUACGACGGCCAUGACACUCUGGACUUUGCAUACGAUAUAUGGAACGGACCUUUUCUUAUUGCUGGCGGGUAUACAUCGGAUGAGGCCCGUAAGUUGGUGGACGAGAAGUAUCCGGACAAGGGCAUCAUGGUUAUCUUUGGACGGCACUUCAUUUCCAAUCCGGAUCUCAUAUUUAGGAUUAAGAAGGGUCUAGAGCUGAAUGCGUACCAGAGAGACACAUUUUAUGUCUUCGAGUCGGCAGUGGGUUAUUCGGAUUACCCAUUCAGCAAGGAGUAUCUAGCAAGCGGGACAAACGUUUAG